CGCAGUCUGCUGGAUACCAGAGAGCGGAGAGAGCGAGAGAGGCGAGCCUUUAAAUCUCUGCGGUGCAGAGCUGGAAAAGCUGCUUCUCAGCGAAAAUCAGACGCCCUAUUUACUCAACGCUUAUUUGCUCCUUUUAUUUUCCUGGAGAAAAAAGGGACUUACAAACCAAGAAGUUGCAACGCGGACUGGUGCCCGUCUCAGCGAUCAAACGUGGUAUUUCUUUUAUUAUCGUUAUUGAUGUUUUGAUUUUCUUUUUAUGUGUGUGUGAAUACACUUCUGCUGAAGGGACUGAGAUUUUUUUUCUUUUACUUCUUUUUUUUUUUUUUUUUUUACUUUUGCACUGAGACGCACUGCUUUCUACCUCCUGCCUGGUCUCUCUGCCAGAUUAUCCCAGCAGACAGAAGUAGGCUAUAUGACGCAAACCGUGUGCAGAGCAUUAGUCUGAAAGUUUUCCUCCUCAACUUUUUUUCGUUUUCCUUUUUUCCCCCCACCAAUCACACGGUGUUUCAUGCUACAGCAAGUCUGUGCACAGCGGUGGAUGAACCAAAAGAACUAUUGCAUGAAACAAGAGAGGAGAGAAGAGACGCUGAUUAACAAGUCAGUUUUUGCGACGCUCGCCAGUACCUUUGCAUAUCUGCAAAAGAGUCGCGACAACAACAUGAGUGCAGAGCUGAGCAUGGGCCCGGAACUACCCAGCAGCCCUCUGGCUCUGGAAUAUGUCAAUGAUUUUGACCUGAUGAAGUUCGACGUGAAGAAGGAAGGCCUGGCCGGGCUGGAUCGCAACGGGGUGCGCCAGUGUAACCGUCUCCAACCCCAGGGCUCCGUGUCCUCCACCCCCAUCAGUACGCCCUGCAGCUCGGUGCCCUCUUCACCCAGCUUCAGCCCCACAGAGCAGAAAAACCACCUAGAGGAGCUGUACUGGAUGCCGAACAGCGGGUACCACCAGCAGUUAGACCCGCAGACGCUAAGCUUGACCCCGGAGGACGCGGUGGAGGCCCUGAUUGGAGCCACGGCUCACGGCCACCCUCCGCCUCCGCACGUCCAGCAGCAGCUGCAGCAGCAAGGCGCUUUCGAGGGCUACAGGGGCCCGCAUCACCACCACAGCCACCACGGCCACAGCCAGCAGCAUCAUCACCCGUAUGCGGGGGGCAUCCCGCACCACGCCGAGGAACUGUCCGGGCACCCGGGCGGACACAGCCACCCACACAGCCAGCAUCACCAUCACCACAGCCAGGACCCCGACAGCCCGUCCCCGGUGUCCCCAGAGUCCCACCAGCCGCUCCAUCACCACCGCCACCAUCACCACCACCAUGCGCACGGCCACCUGAGCCAGUCGGGAGCGCACCACGGCUCCGGGGGCGGACUGAACGUGGAGGACCGCUUCUCCGACGAUCAGCUCGUGUCCAUGUCGGUGAGGGAGCUCAACAGACACCUACGGGGCUUCACCAAGGACGAGGUGAUUCGCCUGAAGCAGAAGAGGAGGACCCUGAAGAACCGGGGCUACGCGCAGUCCUGUCGGUUCAAGCGGGUGCAGCAGAAGCACGUGCUGGAGAACGAGAAGACGCAGCUGAUGAACCAGGUGGAGCAGCUGAAGGCGGAGAUCAGCCGGCUGGCGAGGGAGCGGGACGCCUACAAACUCAAGUGCGAGAAACUGACGGGGUCGGGGGCCAACAACGGGUUCCGCGAGGCUGGCUCGACCAGUGACAACCCUUCAUCACCAGAGUUCUUCAUGUGAGUUUGUCGCAGCCUUCUGCUUGUGAACCCCCCCAUCCUCACAAACAAACAAACUUUACCUCCCCUCCUCCACCCCCACUUUUCCUUUCUCCACAAACGACUGACUUUGCUGAUGAACAAAACGAUAAUAAUCCACACCUCCCAUACUGUUUGAUUAUACUAAUAACGGUAACAAUUAUAUUCAUAUUAGAAGAAUAAUCCAUCAGAUAGUACUCUCAUAUAUAACCAUCUCUCCAUCCACGUGUCAACUGAGAUACAAAGAGCAACGUAGAGAGUCUGAUCAGUCGCAGCAUCUUUGUAGAUUAGUUGCUUGUAGUGAAGAGACUUUUUUUGGGUUCUUCUUCAAAGAAGAGGAUCGGCUGAUGAACUUUUUUUCUUUUAUUUUCCUCUCUCCUUUGAGAGCUUUUAAAUAAUCUGUAAGUAGUGUGGGAUGGCGUCGAGGCAGUUGUCUUUGUAAUUUUGUUCUCCAAAAUGAUGACAUUGUUAUGAAACAACAACAAGCAGGCCUGGCCUCGCAGCCUGCAACACACCAGACUCACAUUCGACAAGUGGAGCCCCGCAAACUGAGAAAAAGCUCCCCAAAAAAAAUUAAGAAAAAAAAAGCGGGACUCCACUUUAUGCAAAUUUAACUUCUGUCUACUAACCCGUCACAGGGGGGACAUUUUAUGCAACAUCUCAUUGAUUUAUUGCCUGCUUGGUUAUAUUCGAAUAUAUAUUGAAACAAAAAAUCUGCAUUAAAUAUUAAUCCUGCAUGCUGGACAUGUACGGUAAUAAUUUCUAUUUUGUACUUUCAUCUUCUCGUGUAUAUUAAGAGCAUGUUGUUGAUCUGCGCUUCUCCAUAGUUUUUUUUCUUUCUUUUUUUUUUUUUUUUGGAGUUUUGAGGGGGGGUUAGAGAAAUGCAGUGGGGACAGAACAGCAGGACUGCCGGUGCAGUAUAUCAUAUGGUGUUGGGGGUUUUUUUUCUCGUUGGGCUUGUAAAUAUUAUGCAACCGCAAAACUGCACAAUAAGAUUGAGGAGGCUGGUUUGAACUUCUUUCUUUGUGUUGUGUUUCUUUUUUUAAAUUUUCAUUUAUUUGUUAUGAUUUUUUUUAUCAUUUGUUGGGUAUUGAUUGAAAGAGGAGUGCAUUUUUUUUUCUUUCAGUUGCAUUUAAAAAUACAACAAACUGUGUGUCAAGUGCACUUUUGGAUAAUGAUUUGCAAGUUUUCAUUUUGAACUUUGUGCAGACCUCCCUCCAGGAAGACAUACUAUGAUAUUAUACUGUAAUAUUUUGCAAGACAGGCCUGAGUGCAAAGUUUUUUUAGGGGAAUAUUUGGACGCAUGUUGUGCAAAGCUGAGGAGACGAACAUGUGGCCACAAUAUUAUUGGACCCAGAUUGCACAGAAAAGGCUUUUGCGCACCAUCAAGGCGAGGAUUCACAUAUUGUUGAACAGACACAGAGGUUUUU